AUAGUUUAUCAAUUCAUUUUUACAAUAAGUUAAUUGCCAACAUCGGUAAAUUUAUUAGGAAAUUAUUCUAUUAAAACGUGAAAAGAUGAAUGAAGCGGACAGUUUAACCGAAAUAUUCAGGGGCGGCUUACCUCACUGCCUUCUGAUUGUGUUUUCCUUGUUGUUAACAUGCUCACCGGUAAUGCCAAGCGAAUUCGAGGUUAUUUCCAUGUCCAAAUACGAUCUAAAUGGACAGCAUUAUGGAAGCCGCGUAGCUUCAAUAUCCCUAGAAGCUAGAUCUUUGUACUCGUGGAAUACUUCAAGGCACUGUGUGCUCACACGGUUAACCGACUUGUCAAUCCACGAUUUUGAUAAGUUACGGCAAGGUGCAGGAGGCCUAAUUCUCAUGUUGCCGUCGAAUAUCUUGAAUCUGGAUCCAGAAACCAAAGAACUUAUAACUAUUCUGGAGCAAUCAAUGCUGACCCACACAGCUGCUGUUCCCAUUUACUUCGCUCCGUACAACAAAGAUUUGGAAAAGAUCAUUGAUGAUAUUACGUACACGACUACGGAUAGUCCGGGUCAAAAUCAAACGGCGCUGGCACAAUUGGUUGUAACCGUUUCGGCCAACAGAUAUCACAUUAAUGUCGGCGGCGGCAGCAUUGCGGCCAAUAAGAAUAGCAAAAUUCCCAUUAUCCACGGCGAACUGAUACCCAAUCAAUUGGCACUAAAACCCACGGAAUCCGUUGCAGAUGGACAAAAACUUCCCGUCAUCUUGAUAACAGCGAAUCUGAAAACCUUUGGUAUAUAUAAUGAUUACCCAGUGAAUGCCGAUGCUGCAGUUUUGCUGGUGCUGAUGGAGUUGUUCAGUAAAUUGCACUAUACAUCCAGUAUGGCACCCAAGUAUCGACUCCGAUUUUUGCUUUCGGACGCAGGCGUCCUACUAAACUUCCAGGGCUCCAAGAAGUGGCUCGAGGUUGAUGAUAAUGCGCUGCAGAACGUUGAGUUUGUGCUGUGCUUGGACACCAUUAGCGAAAGCUUAUCCUACACAACGGACAAUGCUUUGUACAUGCACGUUUCCAAGCCACCCAAGGAUAAGACUUCUAUUAGCAACUUCUUCAAACUCUUGAAGUCAUCAGCUGAAAAGUAUUCCGAUGGUCUGGCGGUCGAGGGUGUGCAUAAGAAGAUCAAUCUAGCAGACACCAAACUGGCCUGGGAGCACGAGCGGUUCAGCAUUAAGCGCUAUCCCUCAUUCACCCUGUCAUCUGUAAAGAGUCCAAGAAGCCCCAUUCGUACAACCAUUUUCAAAAACGACGAGAGUCGCCUAGUGGAGCACACUCUCAACACGACGCGAAUUAUUGCGGAAGCUCUGGCUAGUUUUAUGUACAAGGUUGAUUCAACCUCCAGCAUUUUUGAGGGACAGUUGGCCAUUAAGGAAGAAAACAUCUUGCCAUACUUUGGAGUGAAAUCCAUUCUGCAUAAUAACGACGUGAAGGAUGCUUUCGAAAAAUACCUUAAUAAUGUUAAGAUCAUUUACGAUAAACCCGACGCCAGAGACCCUGAAUUUAUGUUCUAUAACGAGAACGAGGUUAAACUGAAUGUUUACAGAGUGAAGCCGGCGAUCUUUGAUCUCUUCCUGACUUUCGUCAUUGGCGCCUAUCUAUUGGCUGUAUUCCUGGCCAUACAAUACUUCCCCCGGUUUUACGAUGAAGUUUCCAAGCUAACGAAGGAGGAUCCCGCGGGACAACCCAAUGGACACUCUUCUGAACGAGUCAGAAUGAAGUCACAUUAGUAACAAAAUGGUAUUGAGUAUAAUAUUGCGAUUGCGAGUAGGAAAAUCUUAUGUUCAAAAUUAUUUUUCAAAACUUUUCUAAUGCUAAAUGAACGAUUGUUAAUAAACUCUAUAGAACUGUAGAAAUCUGUCCACGCGUGAUGUGGCAUACGAAA